CUCUGGUGUUGUCUUAUUACUAAAUAAAUUAAGUGAUACACUUACGUUUUGACUGAUCCGUGAAACAAACCUUAAAAUAAGAUGCUACAAGCAAUAUCAAAAAUCAAUAUAUUUAUCACAAAAAAUGGUUAUAUAAGUAGCCGAGUUUCUUUCGGAGCUAACGUUUAUAGACAAAAACACAAUUCUUCCGUAACUGAUUCUGACAGUCCUAUUGAAUUAGAAAAUCCUUUUGCUAAAGAACGAGUUCAAUGCAUUUUAUGUAAACACAAUAUUACGCCCGACUAUAAGAAUGUACAAUUACUUUCUCAAUUUCAAAGCUCAUAUACUGGGAGAAUAUACGGCAAACAUAUUACUGGCUUAUGUAAAGUGCGACAAUAUCAAGUAGAAAGAGAAAUUAUCAAAGCACAAAAUGCAGGUUUCAUGCCAACGUAUCAUAAAGCUGUUGAAUUUCUUGAGGAUCCGAAGCUGUUCGAUCCAGAGAAACCGAUUCGACCUCACAAAUAUUGAAAUGCAUAAGAUUUAAUAAAGAGGAAAAUGAAAUUUUCGGAAAUACAUUAGUGCGAAAAGUAAAACAUG